AAAGCUCACAGUGUGAGGGCUUUAUCGUGUUUAACGUUGAGCGCUUGCUUGGAAUUACAGAAAUAUACUAAUAUUGUUAAAUUCCACAGAAAGUGUUAAGUAAAAGAGCAGCUCUGAGGAGCAUGAACAAAAUGUAUGGAAUAUGUCUGACAGCAGGACUCAAGGCGUCCAGGCUGCUUCGCAGAGGCUUCAGAGUCAGCGCUGUACAUCAGCAGCAGCCUUUUGACUCCACAGCGGAAAAGCCUCAGUUCCCUGGAGCAUCGGCUGAAUUUGUGGAUAACCUUGAGUUCAUUCAGCCCAAUGUCAUCUCUGGUAUCCCAGUGUAUCGGGAUGACAGGCAGGGCAACAUCGUCAACCCGUCUCAAGACCCUCAGCUUUCCAAAGAAACUGUUUUAAACUUUUACCAGAAGAUGACAAUCCAUACAAUGGAUCGCAUUCUAUAUGAAUCUCAGAGACAAGGUCGAAUCUCUUUCUACAUGACUAAUUAUGGUGAGGAAGGGACACAUAUUGGCAGUGCUUCUGCUCUUGACCCCAACGAUUUAGUCUUCGGCCAAUAUAGAGAAGCUGGAGUGUUGAUGCUUCGAGGUUUUCCUCUGGAUUUGUUCAUGGCUCAGUGCUACGGCAAUGCAGAUGACCUUGGCAAAGGCCGGCAGAUGCCCGUGCACUAUGGCAGCAAAGAGCUGAACUUUGUCACCAUCUCCUCUACUCUAGCCACGCAGAUUCCUCAAGCUGCUGGUGCUGCAUAUGCAGUAAAGAGAGAAAACAUCAACCGCAUUGUUAUCUGUUAUUUUGGAGAGGGAGCAGCCAGUGAAGGGGACACACAUGCCGGUUUCAACUUUUCCGCCACUCUUGAAUGUCCAAUAAUAUUCUUCUGCCGCAACAAUGGCUAUGCCAUCUCUACACCCACUAAUGAGCAGUACCGAGGUGAUGGCAUUGCUGCCCGUGGUCCAGGUUAUGGCAUGUUGUCAAUCCGUGUUGAUGGCAAUGAUGUGUUUGCUGUGUACAAUGCUACAAAAGAAGCUCGCCGCAGAGCUGUGGCAGAGAAUCAGCCUGUCCUCAUCGAGGCCAUGACCUACAGAAUUGGCCACCACAGCACCAGCGAUGACAGUUCAGCUUACCGCUCAGUGGACGAGGUCAACUACUGGGACAAGCAGGACCAUCCGAUCUCCAGGCUGAGGCAUUACAUGACGGCCCGUGGCUGGUGGAGCGAGGACGAUGAAAGGAGCUGGAGGAAGCAGUCCCGCAAAACAGUGAUGGAGGCUUUUGAGAGAGCUGAGAAGCGCAAGAAGCCGAAACCAGACCUGCUCUUCACUGAUGUGUAUGAUGAGAUGAUACCCAGCCUGACCAAGCAGCAGGAAUCCCUGAAGAGACACGUGCAACAGUACAAAGAGCAUUACCCGCUCGACCUGUACGAAACAUAAAGCGUGCAAAGAACAGAUGUAGGAGCAAGCAAGUGUUGAUCUGGAAACUGUUGCACACCUUUUACUGUACGCAUCAAAUCUAGUUUUGAUCGGUACCCAUUUCAACAUUACUAAGGACAGUGGGGUUUGUAGCUCUUUUUACAUUUAAUCUUCUUCAAACAUCUGGGUUUGGUGCCUUAUGUCAACAAGUCCCACAAAUACAACAGUCAUCUAGGUUCUUUUUACCCAUACAAGUAUGACCAAAUUACUCAGACAUGAUCUGUAACACUGAGCAAUAAAUGGUGGUUUUCA